GCGUGGCUCCGGAAGACGUCACGUAACAAACCGCUAGCGUUAGCCUUCAUCGCUGGCAUCUAACGGCGGCAGCAGCAGGUUUGAGUCGCUACGAGCUUCGUGUGAUUUGAUAAAUUGUCCAGCUGUCGCCAAAAUGAUUUCCCUCACGGAUUCACAAAAAAUUGGAAUGGGGCUGACAGGGUUCGGUGUGUUCUUCCUCUUCUUUGGGAUGAUGCUGUUUUUUGAUAAAGCUCUCCUCGCCAUUGGAAAUAUUCUGUUUGUCUCAGGUCUGUCCUUCGUUAUCGGCCUGGAGCGAACAUUCAGGUUCUUCUUCCAGAGACACAAAGUAAAAGCCACCAGCUUCUUCCUGGGAGGAGUGUUAGUGGUUCUGAUCGGCUGGCCGAUCAUUGGAGUCGUUCUGGAGAUCUAUGGUUUCUUCCUCUUAUUCAGAGGAUUCUUCCCAGUGGCAGUAGGCUUCAUCAGACGAGUACCUUUGCUUGGGUCUUUGCUCGGCUUACCAGGAAUCAGUACACUGGUGGAUAAAAUUGGUGAGAGCAACAAUAUGGUAUAACAGUGGGCUGGUUUUGUACUGGAGAAGAGUUUCCAUAUUUAUCCUAGUUUCCAAUAGUGACUGUAUAUUUUGGUCAUUGCCACUCCACAACUGUGAAUCCAAACAUGUUUCUGCACAGAAGACACAAGUGUAUCUGUGGACGUUUGACUGACAUCAUGAUGUUUUGUAUCCGACCGCCACUUGGACAACGUUACCAAGAGUUUUUUUAACUUUAAUUUUAAAAGCUGGAAGCAGGUCUCCUGUUUUGUAUCAUUCCAGUCUGAUAUUUAUAAGUUGGGGCCACUGGAUGAACUCAGCGGAGAGUCAGGAGCUCUACACAGCGUAUACUCCUCCAGAUUGUGUGCCUGAACAGUCACUGAGAGCUUUUCUUCAAUGAAGUGUUACUGGAAUUUUGUACAUUAAAAAAUAAAUAAUGUUGAGCUAAAUGUUAUGUGGGUGAGGAAACCUGACCUGUUGUGUAAAAAGGUUUAGGAUGAUUGUUAUGGAUAUGUUUUACUGUAACUUUUGUAAGUGCAUACUUGAAAUAAAGUGUGUUUUUGUUUUUUUUUUGUAAAGGUGUUUUUUGCAUUAACACAGCAGUAACUUAGUGUGUUGUCCUCCCAUUGUUUUUAAGGUUUUUUUGUUUUUGUACUGAUAAAACAAACGAGAUGUAACCAUAGACUGAAUGUAACAUGUUAAUUAGUGAGUUUUGGAAGUUUUGGUAGGAGCUGUUGGACAUAGCCAGACUAGCAGUCCACCCUCUGUUUUUUGCUAAGCUAACCGGCUGCUAGUGCUACAAUCUUUUCAUCUGACUUGUGGCAAGAAAGCAAUUGUAAGUGCAUUUUGACCUGUUACGUUCAAAUGAAAAGGGAUAAAGACACCAAACGUUUA